GCGGUCCGGUUUACGUCGCGCACCGAAAAAACAGAGAGGGGAAAUAGUACAACGCGGCGGCGACACCACCGCCCGUCCGCCCGCCGCCUCCCCGCCGCGAUGGCGAUGCGCCAGCUCGCCAGGCUCCACCAGCGCCUCUCCCCUGCUCUGAUCCCCCGCCAGCACGCCCCGAGCCGCGCGUGGCCGCCCGCCGCCGACGCAGCGUUCCUCUGCCGCGGGCUCGCCUCGUCGGCGUCGUCCUCCGCGGCCGCGGCGGGUCGGGAGAAGAGCUCGAGGCGGACGCUGGGGUACCUGCUCGGCGUGGCGGUCGCUAUGGUCGGCGCUUCCUACGCGGCGGUCCCGCUAUACCGUCGCUUCUGCCAGGCUACCGGCUACGGCGGCACCGUCCAACGACGCGAGAGUGUGGAGGAGAAAAUCUCACGACAUGCUCGAGAUGGAACUACAACGUCCCGGGAGAUCAUUGUCCAAUUUAAUGCUGAUGUUGCUGAUGGAAUGCCAUGGAAGUUCAUUCCUACACAGAGAGAGGUCAGGGUUAAACCUGGUGAAAGUGCUCUGGCGUUUUAUACUGCUGAAAAUCGCAGUUCAGCUCCAAUUACUGGUGUAUCCACAUACAAUGUUGCUCCGAUGAAGGCUGCCAUUUACUUUAAUAAGAUACAAUGCUUUUGCUUUGAGGAGCAAACACUUCUUCCUGGGGAGCAGAUAGACAUGCCAGUAUUCUUCUACAUCGAUCCUGAGUUUGAGACAGACCCCAAAAUGGAGGGGGUGAACAAUAUAGUUCUUUCCUACACGUUCUUUAAGGUGAACGAUAGCUAGAGAAAGAAAACAGAGCAACAGUGUUUGUUCUAUUAGAGAAACACUUCAUCAAAUCUGUAUGCUUCGAAACAGCGCAUCUCAUGUAACAUCACGAGAAGAGCUUGUUUGUCUGUGUAGUUAGCUCGCAUUUGUCUGUGGAAAAUUUUGCAAAUAAUCUGUUAACAGUUACAGUGUACCCGACGCAACCAAAAUGUGGUUCCUUC